AUGUGGAAGCUUAAGCUUUCUCAAGGGAAUGAACCCUGGCUUAAAAGCGUGAGCAAUCACAUGGGAAGACAAUAUUGGGAGUUCGAUCCUAAUCUUGGUACACCAGAAGAGCGAGCUCGAGUCGAAAAGGCUCGGAAUGAGUUCACCAAGAAUCGGUUUCAAACCAAGCAAAGCUCUGAUAUGCUAAUGAGAUUUCAGUUUGCAAGGGAGAAUAAUCCAGCAGGAGAGAGGAAGCUGCCAGACAAGGUCAACGUGAAAUCCAGCCAAGAAGUAAGUGAGGAAACGGUGAGGACCACAUUAAGGAGGGCUCUGAGAUUCUAUUCAACGUUGCAAUGCGAGGAUGGGUUCUGGCCUGGUGACUAUGGUGGCCCCUUGUUCCUUCUACCUGGCUUGGUAAUUGGGCUAUUCAUAACGGGAGCAUUAGAGAUAAUUUUGCCCUCCCACCAUCGACAGGAGAUACGACGCUAUCUAUACAACCAUCAGAAUAAAGAUGGAGGAUGGGGAUUACACAUAGAAGGGGAGAGCACCAUGCUUGGCACUGCACUCUCAUACGUCACUCUGAGAUUGCUGGGAGAAACCAGAGAUGGAGGAGAUGGUGCUAUUGCCAAAGCCAGAACAUGGAUUCUUCAUCAUGGUGGACUUACCUUCAUUCCAUCAUGGGGCAAGAUGUGGCUUUCAGUGCUGGGGGUAUAUGAGUGGAGUGGCAACAACCCUUUACUGCCUGAGCUUUGGCUUCUUCCUUACUUUCUUCCCAUCCAUCCAGGAAGGAUGUGGUGUCACUGUCGCAUGGUGUAUCUGGCAAUGUCAUAUUUAUACGGGAAGAAAUUUGUAGGGCCAAUUAAUUCACUUGUUUUGUCACUCAGGAGAGAACUCUAUACGCUUCCCUAUCACCUUAUUGACUGGGAUCAAACCAGAAAUCUAUGUGCUAAGGAAGACCUAUACUAUCCACAUCCCAUGAUACAAAACAUAUUAUGGAGCUGUCUUCAAAAGGUUGGAGAACCUUUUCUCAUGAAAUGGCCCUUCUCUAAGCUAAGACAAAAGGCUCUUGACAUUGUGAUACAACACAUCCACUACGAGGAUGAAAAUACUUGUUAUAUUUGCCUUGGCCCUGUCAAUAAGGUACUAAACAUGGUAUGUUGUUGGGUAGAGGACCCAAACUCAAAGGCAUACAAGUGUCACCUUUCAAGAAUUAAAGAUUACCUCUGGGUUGCUGAAGAUGGCAUGAAAAUGCAGGGAUACAACGGAUCUCAACUAUGGGAUGUUGCUUUUUCUGUUCAAGCAAUCUUGGCAACCAACCUUGUCGAGGAAUAUGGUCCGAUGCUUAAGAAAGCUCACAACUUCAUCAAAAACACACAAGUCAAAGAAAAGAGUGGCAACAACCUUAAUUCUUGGUAUCGCCACAUUUCAAAGGGGGGAUGGCCUUUCUCAACACCUGAUAAUGGCUGGAUUGUAUCAGAUUGCACAUCGGAAGGUUUAAAGGCAGCACUCUUGUUAUCAAGAAUGCCAUCUGAUGUUGUGGACGUAAAGAUUACACCAGAUCAAUUAUAUGAUGCUGUUAAUGUUAUUUUGUCUUUACAGAACAACAGUGGUGGUUUUGCAUCAUAUGAGCUCACGAGAUCUUACGCAUGGUUGGAAAUGUUCAAUCCAGCUGAAUUGUUUCGAGAUAUCAUCAUUGACUAUCAGUAUGUGGAAUGCACUUCAGCAGCAAUUCAAAGCCUUCAAUUAUUUCUGAAGCUGCAUCCAAGUUAUAAAAAGAAAGAAAUAGAAGCUUGUAUUGCAAAAGCAAUCAACUUCAUUGAGAGUAUACAACUACCUGAUGGAUCAUGGUAUGGGUCAUGGGGAGUUUGCUUUGUCUACGGAACAUGGUUUGGGAUAAAGGGGCUGGUGGCUGACGAUAGGACCUAUCACAACUGUCAUAGCAUCAGAAAAGCCUGUGACUUCUUACUGUCGAAGCAGCUUGAAUCCGGUGGCUGGGGAGAGAGCUAUCUUUCCAGCCAAAACAAGGAGUACACGAAUUUGGAAGGAAACAAAGCGCACCUGGUGACGACGGCAUGGGCAAUGUUAGCUCUGAUGGAAGCUGGACAGGCGGAGAGAGAUCCAACACCAUUGCAUCGUGCGGCCAAGGUGCUGCUGAAUUCACAGUUGGAAAAUGGAGAAUUCCCGCAGCAGGACACCAUUGGAGUGUUCAAUAAGAAUUGCAUGAUCAGCUACUCAGCCUACAGAAAUAUAUUUCCCAUAUGGGCCCUUGGGCACUACCUUAACCGCCUUCUGCUUCCUUCUCCCUCACAGCUCAAAAAGGCCUAG